GUUUGCGGGGGCUCCGACUAGUUUUUUCCCAGACGACGACGGGUAUCCACAUGAAGUCUUGUCCAUUCGUAGCCCGUUCGCCUUUUACCAACAAUGCUUCUGUACGUCCAGAUCACCGCUGUCGUAUUGCUCGUGGGAGCUGCGGUCUGCCAGCAAGGGGGAGAUUUCCAAUGUCCACAAAAGUCCGGGUUCUAUCCGGAUCCGGUGCAGUGCGAUCUUUACUAUCACUGUACCUUAGACGGAGAGCUAGUGGAAAAACUGUGCCCCGACGGCCUACUGUUCGACGAUGGCAACCCCAGCCAUGAAAGAUGCGAUACGUCCGUCAACGUAGACUGCGGCCAAAGAACGGCGCAACAGGAACCUAAACCGUCGAAGGGUUGUCCUCGAGCCAACGGAUUCUUUAAGCACUGGGAAGAGGGUAGCUGUGACAAGUUUGUCCAGUGCGUUGAAGGGGUGGCUAACGAAAUGCCAUGUCCUCCAGGUCUAGUAUACGACGACACGGCAAGCUCUUGUGCAUGGCCAGUUGACAGCAAACGACAGUGCGUAACCACCAAAAAAGAUGUUCUCACCGACGGGUUCUCUUGUCCGGACGGUGAUGUGGUCGGACCAAAUGGUAGAAUCUUACCUCAUCCCACGUUUGCUCAUCCAGACGAUUGUGCGAAAUUCUAUAUUUGCCGCAACGGAGUUACUCCUCAGUAUGGUAGCUGUUCCGCUGGUUCCGUGUAUAAUGAAGAGUCAUUUAAGUGCGAUGACCCAGAAAACGUGCCGGGAUGUGAAAACUAUUAUAAUGAAAACGAAGACGACAAGAAAGACAGUAAAAACUAACGUCUUGCAUAGUUAAAUACCACAAGUACUCAUAUAUUAUUGAAUUGUAUGUUUUUAUUAAUAGUAGCUGAUAAUAACGAUCACAUUAUUGAAAACUGUUUAUAAAGUUAAGAGAAAAUAUUAAAAAAAGUAACACUAGAUUCACUAAACAUUUUUCAGUUACCUAAUUUUGAACCUUGACAAUUAUUUUAAUUAGUCAUAGUGAAAGUUCAUCAUAUUUUAAACAUUUUAUACGAAAACUUCAUUCUCCUCCAUUUUAUUUUUAAUAAAUUUGUAUAGCUAUAUUUUUAUAUGCCAUCAAAAUCGCUCAUACGGUAAAAUUGAUUAUGAAAGGUAACCUCGUACUAGUUUCUACUGAUUAUUAUAAUAAACGUGAGCACACAUUGCUAAGAAAAUUAAAUCAUACUAAUUAAAGUUACAUCACAUUUUUCGCAUAAGAAAGCAUUUAAAAUUGUUUUAAUGCUAUGCGUAUUUUUUAUACUAUAAAGAAACCGUUUGAUAUCCAACAAAAGUAAAUAUUUAGUUACUAUACAAGACGCCUAAAUGCUAAAGGGUACGUAGAAAUGGUAUCUAACCAAAUUAUGCCCACAUCAUAGUAAUAUGGUGACACUUCUUUUAAUUUACAAAAUGUGUAGUUUAUCAUUAUUUGUAAUUAUUACUAAAUCAAAAUGUUAUAAAUUUAAAAAAAAGUUGAUUGUAUUAUAAUAUUAUGUCAUUUUACAAAGUAAAAUAAUUUGUAUAAGUUAAGUUUUAUAUAAUUAGUUUUUAAAUAAAUGCACUGUUUAUUAUGCGUUGUCUAAA